CCGGGAAGAAGUACACACAAAGCGACGUACGGUACUGUAACGAUCCAACUGAACACACAUCGCAGGUGCAGCAUAAAAAUUGCGCAUAGCGUGCAUGUACGUAUAGCGCAAGUACCAACCAUGGUGAACAGAAGAUCAGAGAUCGGAGAUCCUCGUAUCUCAUCCAGAUUCCAGACUAGUAUUGAUAAAUGCCAAAGCCAAAGGGCAUGAUUGAGUUGGAUUGGGAUGGAAUCUUCAUCAGCAUCGGAAGGAGCUAGCCCUGAUGUCCGUCCUGUUAUCUGUGAAAGUUUACAAGACCUGACUGAUUGGGGGGACCUACUAGGCAUUUGUGAGAAACAUGCCGAGCAGGUUGUACCUGAGAGAAAUGAUGUUGACCAGUCCAGCCAAGAAAGCAGUACAGAGGACCAUUCACGUGCAAGAUCAAGUCCAACAGGAGACAUUCCAGGAAACGGCGCUUCAAAUCUUCCACACAAAACUCCACAGUCGGACUCCAGUGUCAUUCCUAGUGUGGUCCACACAAAUGGGACUGCAGUGAGAACGCGGAAAAGAAUACGCCAUUCCUGGCCUGAUGUUUCCGUGAAGUUGGGCCAAGACGUGACAUAUAAUUGUUUUCCACAUGAACAUUUCAGCUUUGCCUUCAAGGAGGUUAUAUUUAGAGAAGAGAAAAUACAAGAAGAAGAUGAUGAAGAUGAACUGCCAGAAAUCAGCUUCGUUCCAUCUCCAGAGCCGACCUUGCCACCCAAAAAGGAGAAGUCAUCUCACAAGAGACACAAGGUGUUACAUAGCAGAAAGGCUGAUAAGAAAGCAUCUGUGCUCACAGAGCAGAGGGGCAAGAACACACCCGUCGCUCAACAAGGUCACUGUGAGGACAAGAAGGACAAACUCAAGGAGGGGCGGAGCUCUCCGCUUAUCGCAUUAGCUGUGUCUUUGAAGAAGCCAGGGGUGACCAAGGAAAGGAGACUUUUACCCAGUGUUGUGACUAGUGGAGGAACCACUGCAGGUUCCCAAGGUACAACCCUACAUGCACAAGUAGCUACCCUACAGCCGGGAGUGCAAACUUCUGCGAACAAGGGUGUCCACCCUCAACAGAGCUCUGGCGCAUCAAAUGUCUUACAGAUUCUUAACACCCCGCAGGAUGGGCGGCGUACGCCAACUCAUUCAAGCCUUGUCACAAUGUUGCCCCCUACCCCGCCAAACGAGCCAGUGGUGGUCCAACCCGUGUCCCAAACUGUGUCCAGAGUUGUGCCUAAGGGGCUACCCGGACAGCUUCCAAUGCAACGUGUGCAGGUGUUUGUGAAGCAAGUGGCUGCCCAACCAUCGAAACCGCUAGGUGUAAGUCCGUUCUCAUCGCCGACCUUUCGGAUCAUGAAGACGUCCCAGAUUCUCACCCCGCCGAUCGACAAGCGUGUUGCCCCUGUCUCGUCUCCUGCGAAGCAGCCAGAACAGCCAUGUGGAAAAACAGAGCAGCCGCUUCAGAAAGCAGAUCAGCCCCCCGAGAAACUGGAACACCCCUCUCAAAAAUCGGGAGAACCUCUCCAGAAACCAGAAGAACCUCAUGGAUGCAGACCUUCAGAGAUAUCCUCAGAGACACCAGUUACGAAAGACCUCAGCAGUACAUUAACCUCCCUAGAGGACUCCUCAGAAGCAACCACGAAACCCUCACUUGCCGUUGCUACGGAUGAUGAAGCCAAAGCGGGAGGGGAUGAAGAGGAGAUAGAUGUUGGUGAGACUCUGAUUACCACCUCCCAAGAUGAGACAGACUCGCAAGUUGAAGUCGUCGAAUCGGAAGUGGAAAUAAAAGAAGAUACGAAAGAAGUUUUGUCUUCCUUGAAGAGGAAAGCACCCUCUAGCCCAUGUUCAACACUUCUCAAGAUCAAAUGUGAGAAGAUUGAUGCCGUUGUGCGAAUCAACAAAACUAAUGAAGACCUCUAUCGUGCCGAAGGAAGCCAAGAAAAGCGUUCUGUUCAGGCCCGUAGGAAUUCUUUCUCAGCUGCAGAACAAGGCUGCUUCUUCAACGUCGUGGACAAGUCCAGCCGACUGGGGGUGUGUCCUUGCGGCCGUGCCAACGCCUACGAUGCGAUGAUAGCUUGCGACAACCCACAGUGUGAGAUAGAGUGGUACCACUUUACAUGUGUAGGGGUCACUAAGGUGCCAAAGGAUGAGUGGUUCUGUCCUUUUUGCUCAAAAGAAGCAGCUGAAACCUUGAGAAAGAAGAAGGAGAGAAGGAAAGAACAGCGAAGGAAGAAGAAAGAACUAGAAUUGAAGAGGAAGAGGAUGAAGAAGCCGCAGCAAGAGGAAGCAGGUCUAUGUCCCUGUGGCCAGCCCAACUCCUGGGACCGGAUGAUAGCAUGUGAUGGUCGAGACUGCUCGGUGGAGUGGUAUCAUUUCCGUUGUGUGGACGUGAAGAGUCCACCAGAGACGGAGUGGCUCUGUAUCUUGUGCAGGGAUAGUGUUCAAGAUCCCAGCAACAUUCCUUACGUAAGAAGGAAAAGGCAGCAUCGACCAAUCAAGUAUUCCAUCUACGGGGAAGGCGGAGAUGGAAGCACCGAUGAAUCUAAAGAAGCGAUGGAUUGGAAGGAGGACGAGUCCAGUGACGACUCCGGUGAUUCCGAUGACACUUCCAACGACGAGGAAGGCGACGACCACGACCACGGUGACGAUGGCAGGAGUCGUGUCCGGGAGCGGGCGAGAACCAAAUGGAGAGAGGCUUUGUCCGAGGAGGUCGACAUCGAAGUCGAUUCUAACUCGUCCGAUGAUGAAGAUGACGACGAUGAGCUGAGUCGGAGCAGACGCUCAAGGAGGAGUCGACAUAAAAAGAUUGAUUUGGACUUUGAGGAUGGGGCGGAGUUUGAUGAGGACGUGGAUGGAAGAGGGGAUGAGACAGUGAGAACUAAAGCCACCCCGAAGAGGGUUAGAACAAGCUCGGGUGAAAAGAGGAGACACAGUUCAGGUGCUCAAACCAAGGAAUCUCCAAGGAGGGAAAAGGACAUGGUGAAGGUUUCAACCAAUUCUGGCGAUCAAGGCUCCGAAGCUGUCAACAAACAGAAGAAUGUAUCAGAAGGGCGCUUCCUAAUCCGAGUGUGCAGCGCAUGUGGUCAGGAGUUCAUCGACCCACUGACUGAAGGCAGUCAGUCAGCAAACCAAGAAAACCCUGCCGCCGCCGUCCUCUGCCGUCUGUGUGUGAACAAAUCCAAGAAAGGAGGCGAGAAGUGCCUCCAAGCUGGCAUCCUCCUGCCCCCCUCUAAAACCAAAGAUACCAUAGCCGCCACCGCCACUCCCAGUCCUGCCGCAGGGGGUCAAGAUGACCCUCCGAACUCACCACCGGGCGAAGCAGGGGCGGGGAGAUCAACGCGUUUCCAUGAGAUUGUUGCGUGUAAGGUCUGUGGGAUGGGCUACAGGACAAGAGUGAGUUUGUUGAUUCAUAUGAAAGCCAAACAUCUGGGGCAUCUCAGCAGCUUUGAGUGCACACCGUGCGAUCGGCUCUUCAUUAGCCAGGAGGAGUGUGAACAGCACAUGGCUUCGCUUCAUCAUGUAUGAACAGCACAUAGUGGUGCUAUGUCAUGUGUGAACAGCACGUGGCUUCGUAAGAUCAUGUGUGAACAGCACAUAGUGGUGCUAUGUCAUGUGUGAACAGCAUGUGGCUUCGUAAGUUCAUGUGUAAAUAACACAUAGUGGUGUUAUAUCAUGUGUGAACAGCACAUGGCUUCGUAAGAUCAUGUGUGAACAUCCCCUAGCCAUGUUUCGUCACUUUGAAGCAAUGAGUGAGAACGGCACAAGGCCACGUCAGUGGUGAACACAGCACAUCGAUAACAUCUAUAUGUUGUAUUCUAGAGUAUGAACAAGCCUUUUCCAGGCUAGGUCAUGUGUGAACAUCAAUGAAUCAUUUUAGAGCAUCCAGGAUUGGGUGGUGUGAACAAUACCAUGUCAAAUCAUAUGUGAACCUGUAGGAACUGUGGAUGUGUUCACACCAGACAACUUAUUAUCUUUCUGCACAUUAAGGAUUUAUCGCGGUGUUAGCAGCUCUUUGGAUCAUACCAUCAUGCUUGACUCUCAGGGAUCAUAAACCUCUGUUUGGAGCCACAAGGGCAGUAGCUCAUGUACUAUACCACAGAGUUAACGCCCUUCUGGCUCUGAACUCAUGUUAAGGCACUCUAUCAGAAUGACACAUAGCACACUAAAUUGUACACCGAUCGUGGCAAACUUGGUCCCUAGGUCAACUUGGACUGGGAGGAAUUUUGGCUAGAUUGUGCGAGAAAACUGAAUUGAUCACGAACGCAUGCCUAUAUUUGUGCAUGAAGUACGUAUUUAGAACAGUCAAAUUCAAGAUUGUUUUAUCUGAUUAGAACCAGAAGGGCAUUAACUCUAAUUGUUUUACACAAAGUUUACACCCUUCUGGCCCCUAACAGAUGAUUGAUGGAAAUACAUAAAAUGUGUAAAAAUCUAUUCUUAGAAAGGUUAGGUUGACAAUUUUAGGGGGUAAAAUGCUAUAAAAUAUGAAAUUUAUGGCUAUUUCAUUGGUCGGUUUGAGUAGUAUCCACUUCCAGGUGUGACUCCUUAUCACCUCGUAUUGCCGAGUUCGGCGUAGUGCUGGGGGACGUUUUACAAAACUCGUCAUCAGUGACAAAUGACAGUUUUUGUUAUAAGCUACUGAAAUCCUUGCAUCUGAUUGGUUAUCAACUGAUUUGUCACUGAUUUUUGUCAUUUGUC